UUGCCUCCUGGACCUCAGUUCGUCCGGGCGCUGGGCCCCGCCAGCCCCUCCCUGGCCUCCACCCCCCAGGAGCCCCCCCACCCGGCCGCCCCCCGCCACCCGACCACCCCCCCCCUACCCCAGCCGCAGGUCCGACCGGCCCCGGUGCUCCGGGUCGCGGCGGGCCCCCCGGGCUCAGAAACCCAGCCCCCCAAGCCCCCCCCCCCCCCCCAGCCGCAGCCGCACUCCCCCAUGCUGCCCACGGGGACGCCGGUCACGCUGUUCCAGCCCGUGCCGCCGGGCCACAUCCUCACCGCCAGGGUGCAGGGCGUCUGCCCCCCCCUCAGCCAGCACCCGCCCCUAACACAAAGCCCCCCCGUGUCCGGGGGCGCCCCGCUGGACCCCCAGUGCGCCGCCCCGGCGUCGGCGUCCUCCUCUUCCUCGGCGGCCUCGCGCGUCACCUUCCAGAACAUCGCCCCCAAACCGGCGCCGGCCCCGUCGGGCGGGCCGGCGGGCGCCAUGGCCCCCCCCGGCCAGCAGAGCGUGGUCAUCGUGGGGCCCGGCCCGCAGCCGAGCCCGGCCUACAGCCCCGCCAUCCACCAGAUCGUCCUCACCAGCCCCGCCCAGACUCUCCAGAUAGCCGGGCAGGCCGGGGGGGCCCCCGCGCCCUGCCCCCCGGCCCCCCACCCCAACACGCAGGUCCAGCCCGCUCAGACGGUCGGCCACGCGCUGUCCGGCAAGCGGCAUCCGCAGCAGCCCCUCCAGAUGAGCCCCCCCCCUCAGCCUACCUCCACCGAGUCCAGCUUGAUCAAACAGCUGCUGCUUCCAAAGCGGGGGCCCUCCACGCCGGGGGGCAAGCUCAUCCUGCCCGCCCCCCAGGUGCCCCCCCCCAACAACACGCUGGCCCCCGGCCCGCAGGUCCUCUACCAGGCGGGCUACGGCCCCCAGACCCCGCCGGCCCCGCCCCCGCCGCUCAGCGUGCAGCUGCUUCCGGGCCAGCUCCCCGCCGCCCCCCCCGGGGCGCCGGCCCUCCAGGCGGUCCAGCUCCUCCCCGGCCAGCUCAUCUCCACGAGCAGCCCGGGGGGGGCCGCCGCCGCCGCCAUCAUCCAGGCCCCCGCGGGGGCCGGACAGGUCACCUUCACCGUGGUCCCCAACACUGGCUUCACCGCCUCCGCCGCCGUGGCCGUGGCCCCCGCCGCCCCCCCCGCCCCCUCCUGCCCGCCCGGGACGGUCCCCCACCACGUCCCCGCCGGCCCGACGCCCCCGCCGCCGCUGCCCGCCCCCCUCCGGGGAGACAAGAUCAUCUGUCAGAAGGAGGAGGAGGCCAAGGACGCCACGGGGCUGCACGUCCACGAGAGGAAGAUCGAGGUGAUGGAGAACUCCUCGUUGGCAGAGGGAGAGGCCCCCAACGGCAAGGCCAGCAACGGCGACGUGGCGGGGGGGGGGCGCCAAGCUGCUAAACGGCCAGAAGGGGCGCUCAACGGCCCCGCCGCCCAGAGCCCCCCGGCCAACGGGAAGCCGGGCCCCGAGGCCCCCGUCGCCGAGGGCAACGCCGACCCCAAAAAGGCCCUGGUCAACGGGGUGUGUGACUUUGACCGGGGGGAGGGCGUCGGCACCAGAAACAUUCCAAAUCACGUGGCUUCCAAACAGCACCUGGGCAACGGGGAGGUGGGCCCCGCGGGCCCCCGCCUCCCCAGCCCGCCCCCCCCUCCGCAGGACACUGCCAAAGCCCCGCCGGCCGAGCGCCUGGCCAACGGGCCCCAGCCCGCCGGCCACCGGCCCUCCUCGGAACUGACCAACGGGCCCCUGGGGCCGGCGCCCAGGCCGCAGGCGCUCGCCAACUCCUCGCUCCCGCCCGCCGCCGCCCCCUCCCCGGGCCCCCCCGCCGCCGCCUCGCCGGCCAACGGGGUGGCGCCCGAGGCCCGGGGCCUCAAGCGGCCGGCCGAGAGCGAGGAGCGGGGCUCGCCGGCGCCCUCGGGGAUCCCCAGCAAGGUGGGCGUGCGCAUCAUCACCAUCAGCGACCCCAACAACGCCGGCAGCAGCUCCACCAUGGUGGCCGUGCCGGCGGGGGCCGACCCAAGCACAGUAGCCAAAGUAGCAAUAGAGAACGCCACCCAGCAGAGGAACUGCUCGCCCACGCAGGCCGCCGCCGGCACGCCCGCCGCCACCCCGUCCCCGCCCCCCGUCUCCCAGCCGGCGCUGCUGGCGGGCAGCCACAGCCCCCACCCCCCAGCACAGCAGAGCCCCACGGCGCCGCCGGAGCCCAGCAGGAAGGCGGGGCAGAACUUCAAGUGUCUGUGGCAGUCCUGCAAACGGUGGUUUGAAACUCCCUCGCAGGUGUUUUACCACGCGGCGACGCAGCACGGAGGCAAAGACGUAUACGGGGGCCAGUGUCAGUGGGAGGGGUGCGAGCCCUUUCCCCGGCAGAGACUGUCCUUCAUCACACAUUUGCAGGAUAAGCACUGUUCUCGAGAGGCUUUGCUGGCCGGACUGAAACUAGAGGAGCAGCAGGCACAAAGUCCCAGUCAGACCUCCCAGUGCGUAAACCCGCCCUCGACCCCGCCGGCGGCAGGCAGCGCUCCGGCACAACGAGCACCCAAAGCAAUCGUCAAUCACCCCAGCGCGGCCCUCAUGGCCCUGCGCCGAGGCUCCCGAAACCUGGUCUUCAGGGACUUCACAGAUGAGAAAGAGGGACCAGUGACCAAACACAUACGACUAACUGCUGCCUUAACAUUAAAGAACAUCGCCAAGCACUCGGACUGCGGUCGCAUGUUGGUAAAACGGCAUGAGACGCACCUCUCCGUGCUCGCCCUCAGCAACAUGGAGGUCUCCACCACGCUCGCCAAAUGCCUUUACGAACUCACGCGCUCGCUUCAGGCUUAACGCCAAAAGGACAACGACUACCGCCCCCCCCAAAAAAAAACACGUCUCCUGUGACUCGGGGAGCAGGCCGCCGCCGAGCCGUAGCAGGUCCUCAAAGGACGGGGGAGACGCAUCGGGCCGGGGGCGGGGGGGGGGUGCGAGCAGAGGUCUGGAACCGGGACGAAGACCGUCCUCCUGUCGCACCCGCGACCCCCCCCAUAACUCAUCCCCACCUCGUCGCCAACCUGUGUCCAAACCACCGCACUCCCCCCCCUCUUCCCAUCCACUCACAACCAGAAGAAGAAAUUUUUUUAAAAAAGGAAAGAAAAAAAAAACUGCCCAGGGGUCUUCCACCAGCUGCCCACCAGGGGGAGCUCUUUGAGACUGCUUCCCCAAAGGGACUCCACCCACGAAACCCCAAAAAACACGAGCACAUUUUGUUGAACUUUUCUUUAGGUUUUUUGUUUUGUUUUUUUCUUCCCCCCACAACAACUUUUGGUCCCCGUAAAUCUUCCCGAGAAUGCAAGUGAGAGUGCGAGCGACUGUGAGCUGUGGGUGACCGAAAAUUAACGCGAGGGAGGAGGGGGCUCAGGGGGCGGGGCCACGGAAAGCGCCCCACGUGUCGGGAGCAGGAAGACUCGGUC